UAUAUGUUCGAAGAUGUGCUUUAAUGCUCUGGGAAGUGUCUUGACAGAGGACCAGAGCUGGACAAAGCAGCCUUGGUCUGAGUGAGCUAUCAGGCACCAUGAAACUAUCAGGUGUCUUUCUGCUCCUCUCUCUGGCUCUUUUCUGCUUUUACUCAGGUGUCUUCAGUCAAGAAGGAAAGGAGAAAGGAGGCCUUAUCACAAGAUCAGAGGUCCGAUUGCCAUGGAAAGGUGGCUUAAGGAGACGUCUCUUUCACCUUGACUGUGGUGAGUUUCAGGACCCCAAGGUCUACUGUACUAGAGAAUCUAACCCCCACUGUGGUUCUGAUGGCCAGACAUAUGGCAAUAAGUGUUCCUUCUGUAAGGCAGUGGCGAAAAGUGGAGGAAAGAUCAAACUGAAACAUAAUGGAAAAUGCUGAACUAGUGCUAUCAAUAGGAUCUUGUGCAACCAGUUCGCUCAUCUUUUUGUCACCUCAGAUUUUACUUUUCUUUAAAGAUUCCCUUAAAUUUAUAAAGAAAUACCUGCUCUGCCUGGGCCUGAGAAAAAUUCAUCCACAAUUCCCAUGAUUCACUUGUCAAUAAAGUAAAUUCUACAUAUGUA